UAUCUCCAAAAGCAGCAAAGACCACCGCUUCUGUCUCCGUCCCUCUCGCCUUCUACCGAGAGAAACUUUUCCCCCAUUCCAUUUGAUCCGUAACCCUUGCAUCUCACCAGAUUCUCUCUCUCUCUCUUCUCUUCUCCCCUUCGACAUUCCCCUUCCGAAGGACCAAACGAACUCCUCAGUAAAAUUUUCUGAGCCAGUGUAACGCGUAUUGAAAGGGAGUGUGAGGAACAGAGGAAGAAGAGGCAAAUGAGGAAGGACUGCGGCGGCGGAGCCGCCAUGACGGCGUCCACCUCACCGCUUUCCUUCCCCUGCGUUGAUGCCAAGCCCUUCGUCGCCACCCUCGUCGCCUUAUCGCUCGUCAUGGCCAUUUGGCAGCUCCAACCCUACGAAUACCUCCUUUCUUCCUCUUCCUGUACUCUGCCCCCAAAAUUCCCUUCCUCCUCUUCCCCUUACCUCAAGCAAAAAAUCGCAUCUUUCUCUGCUUCAAUAUCCUCGACUCCCCAAACCAACUCCUCCUCCUCCUCCUCUUCCCCUUCUCUUAAGCAAAAAAUGGAAUCUUUUUCUUCUACCAACACCUCAAUCCCGCGCGUCAGCCCUCGCUCCAGCCUUAACACCGACCCCAAUCUGCGCACCUUCCGUUCCUACGGCAGCGCAGCUUCCCUCUUCGUCUUGAUGGGUGCUUACCGCGGCGGCCCCACCACUUUCGCCAUUGUCGGCCUCGCCUCCAAACCCACCCAUGUCUUCGGUAAGCCUUGGUUCAAAUGCGAGUGGGUUCCCAACUCCAGCUCCUCAUCCGCCAUCCGAACCAAAGCCUACAAGAUCCUCCCAGACUGGGGCUACGGCCGCGUCUACACCGUUGUCGUCGUCAACUGCACUUUCUCUAUCGUCCCCAACGCCGACAACGCCGGCGGAAAACUCUUUGUUAACGCCUACUAUUCUCCCUCUCCCCGCCGAUACGAGAAAUUCCUUGCACUCGAAGAAUCGCCCGGCUCCUACAACAAAUCCCUUUUCAAUCCUCCCUACAAGUACGACUAUCUCUACUGCGGCUCAUCUCUGUAUGGAGACUUAAGCUCGAGCAGGAUUCGGGAAUGGUUAGCUUACCACGCGCACUUCUUCGGUCCAAAAUCGCAUUUUGUUUUCCAUGACGCCGGCGGAGUGAGCCCGGCGGUUAGGGCGGUGCUUGACCCGUGGGUGAAGCUUGGGAGGGCGACGGUGCAGGAUAUUAGAGCACAGGCUGAGUAUGAUGGGUAUUAUUAUAAUCAGUUCUUGGUUGUGAAUGAUUGUCUUCAUAGGUAUCGGCAUGCGGCGAAUUGGACUUUUUACUUUGAUGUGGAUGAGUAUAUUUAUUUGCCGGAUGGGAGGACACUGGAGAAAGUGCUUGGUGAUCUUUCAAAAUAUACGCAGUUUACCAUAGAGCAGAAUCCUAUGUCGAGUGCUCUCUGUGUGAAGGAUCCCAAUGAGGAUUAUUCCAGGGAAUGGGGAUUUGAGAAGCUGGUAUUCAGGAAUUCGAUCACGGGAGUGAGGAGAGAUCGAAAAUAUGCGAUCCAAGCGAAAAAUGCAUUUGCAACUGGAGUUCACAUGUCAGAGAAUGUCAUUGGACCAACUACACACAAAACCGAAUCCAUAAUUCGAUACUAUCACUAUCAUAACUCCAUCAAUGUCUUAGGGGAGCCAUGUCGAGAAUUCGUGCAAAUGCCGGUCAAAGGCAAUGUGACAUGGUAUGAGAAGAUCCCAUAUGCUUAUGAUGACAACAUGAAACGCUUGGCUGACAAGAUCAAGAGAUUUGAAGAGCUAACAAUCGGUCAUCUUCGUUCAAAUGAUACUCACACUGCUAAAACAACCUGAAUUUAAAGCUUUCAACAUUCUUUUGUUGUUGUUCUCAUGGAAAAACUGGAAAAUUUUCAAUCUUCUUUACAGAUUCAAGAAUGAGGCUGUUAAACAAGAAGAAUUAAAAGCCUGGGAAGCCCUGGUGACUAUUGUUGUAGAGGUAAAGCUCUGGCCAUCUUCUUUGAUCUUGUUGUACAUGAUCUUCUUCAGCAUAUUUGUUCUUUUGAGAGUCUAUGCUCCUCUUGUUCUUUACCUUCUUUGUUAUAUUAAGUUAUACUGUUCUUUUUGAUUAAUCAAAUUAGAUCUUCUUUUGUAUUGAUGAAGAUUAUCUUUUGACCCUUUGGACUCUGAUGAGUAAAUAAGGUCCUUUUCUGUGAUAAAA